AUGUCGGGCUCGAGUAGUGCAGCCAUAGUCUUUGGUUGCUCAGUUGCAGUGGUCUCCUCUGCUAUUCAAUCCUUAGGUGUAACCCUUCAAAGAAAAUCACAUUUGCUACACUUAUCAGUACUGAGAGAAAUUACCCCAAAUGGCGUAUAUCAUCACACCACGCAUCAUCGGCAACAAAAGUAUAGGCGUAAUAUGUGGUAUCUAGGAUUCAGUUUAUUUAUAAUUGCAAACGUUUUGGGAUCAGCAAUUCAGAUAUCAACCCUUCCGCUAAUUAUCUUGUCUCCGUUACAAAGUAUUGGACUAAUCUUCAAUUCGAUUUUUAGCUGCAUACUUCUACCGGGAGAGCGAUUCACCAACAGGUUAUGGUCAGGAACCGGAAUUAUAGCAUUUGGAGCGUGCAUAAUUGCUUACAACGGGUCUACGAGUACUGAACCACCGUCGAAUGGGUCCCUGCCUAAUAUCAACGAUCAAUUUAAGUUGGUUUUGGAAAAGUUAUUGGACCCAUAUUUCUUGAUGUGGUUUGUUGGAACAUUUGCAUUUAUGUUGAUUCUUCUAUUUAUCAACUGUUUCUUUUUGAAAAAGAAAGGGGCUGAAUAUCGACACAAUUUUACCAUAAAGGAAUCACAACAUAACACGUUUGUGGUUGAAUAUAACAAAAAUCAGUUUUGGAAAGGGAUAAACUAUGGAAUCAUUAGUGGGACCUUGACAGCACAUACUUUCCUUUUCGCAAAAUCAAUCAUCAAUGUGAUCAUGGAGACAAUUUUAAAAAAAGGAUUUGCGGGUGUGUUUAAAGUUAGUAAUAUUGUUCCGUACCUACUUUUAGCAACUAUGCUUGCUAUAAUUGGCCUACAACUUACCGCUUUCAAUCUAGGCUUGGCACAAAUUUCAACCACCAUAUUGUAUCCAUUAUGCUUUUUAGUGUAUAAUUUGGUCAAUUUGAUAAACGAUUUGAAGUUCAAUAAACUUUUGGCAGACCACAAGAUGACAUAUGCAGAAUUUUCAUGGAUAGUUUUGGGGUUGAUUGGUGUCUUAUGUGGUGUGGUGGUAAUAAGUUGGGACAGUGCAUUUCAUGGUAUUGAAAAUGUGAACGAAAACGCAAUACUGAUAAAUGAAUUUGGUCACGUGGUUACACCAGAGUCUUCCUAUGAUCAGCUGAAGGAUGACAGUACUGAAGAUCUGAUGGAUAUCACGGGUAACCCAUCGGAUGCAGAUUCGACACAAGAGCAAAAUUUGAUAGAGCUAGAAGGCGAUGACCAGCAAGGGACAAGUGACUUGGUAAAUAUUUCAAUUGCAUCUAAUACGAGAGUAGUUUCUUCACGAGAGCGACUGCUCACUUACGAGCAAGAUCAAUUAUUACAACAAUUCAGUUUAUAG